UUCAUCAAACCGGAAGCAAAAUGAAAAGUAUCCAAAUCGGUCGACGAACAAGACUGUUCUCAGUCCACCGCUGUAACCUCCUCAAAACCCAACACUAGGGCUAUAUAUAUAUAUAUCGAUAACUUUUGAAACGUAAAACAGACUCUCCAUAUCGGAGCAAUUUCACCACCAUGUCUCACAGGCGACGAGACGAGUACGAUGACGAUGACGAUGACGAACUUGAGCCAGAGGAAGAUGAAGACGAAGACGAGCCACUUUAUGAUGAGGGUGAUGAUGGAGGAGCCGGUAGGGCUAGUAACAAGCGGCGGAGAUCACAGUUCAUCGACGACGUUGCGGAGGAGGACGACGAUGAGGAGGAGGACGACGACGAAGAUGACGACGAUGAGGACUAUUUAGAUGGCGGUGGCCGUGGUGGUCGUGCCGGUGGUGGUCGCCGCGCGAAGAGGCGGUCCGGUGCUGAAUUCAUUGACGACAUUGCAGGGGUGGCUAGCGGCGAUGAAGAGGAGGACGAAGAUGGCGAAGACGGCUUCAUAGUAGACAGUGGAGCUGAGCUACCGGAUGAAGAUGAUGGUAGAAGGAUGCAUCGUCGUCCAUUGCUGCCACGGGAGGAUGACCAAGAAGAUGUUGAAGCUCUUGAGAGACGUAUUCAGGCAAGAUAUGCCAGAUCAAGUCAUGAAGAAUAUGAUGAGGAGACUACAGAUGUAGAACAGCAAGCUCUUUUGCCCUCUGUCAGGGAUCCAAAGUUGUGGAUGGUGAAAUGCGCGAUUGGUCGUGAGAGAGAGGCAGCUGUUUGCCUAAUGCAGAAGUCACUUGAUAAAAGAUCUGGGUUGCAAAUCAGGUCAGCCAUAGCUCUUGAUCAUCUCAAAAACUAUAUAUAUGUUGAGGCAGACAAAGAAGCCCAUGUGAAGGAGGCUUGCAGCGGUCUGCGCAUAAUAUAUACAAAUACUAAAAUAACACUUGUUCCGAUCAAAGAAAUGACUGAUGUCCUUUCUGUAGAAAGCAAAGCAAUUGAUCUUUCCAGGGAUACCUGGGUCAGAAUGAAGAUUGGAAUGUACAAAGGGGACCUUGCAAAAGUUGUGGAUGUGGAUAAUGUGCGGCAGAGAGUUACAGUGAAACUUAUCCCACGCUUAGACUUACAGGCCCUCGCAAAUAAAUCGGAAGGUAGGGAAGUUCCUAAGAAGAAGGCAUUUAUUCCUCCUCAGCGUUUUUUGAAUGUUGACGAAGCUAGAGAAAUGCAUAUACGUGUGGAACGUAGACGAGACCCUAUGACUGGUGAUUACUUUGAGAAAAUAGAUGCAAUGAUGUUCAAGGAUGGUUUCUUAUAUAAAAAUGCAUCCAUGAAAUCAAUCAGCACACAGAAUAUACAACCAACUUUUGAUGAACUAGAGAAAUUUCGGCAACCUGAUGAGAAUGGGGAUGGAGAUAUGGCUAGUUUGUCAACUUUGUUUGCAAACAGAAAGAAAGGCCAUUUUAUGAAGGGUGACCAAGUUAUUGUUGUCAAGGGAGAUCUCAAAAAUUUGAAAGGAUGGGUUGAAAAAGUUGAGGAAGACAAUGUCCAUAUCAGGCCAAAUGCAGAGGGCCUUCCGAAAACUCUUGCUGUAAAUGAAAAAGAGCUUUGCAAGUACUUUGAACCGGGGAAUCAUGUGAAGGUUGUUUUAGGUGCAUCAGAAGGUGCAACUGGUAUGGUUAUAAAGGUCGAGGGGCAUGUAGUAAUCAUAUUGUCUGAUACGACCAAUGAACAUAUACGUGUAUUUGCUGACAAUGUUGCGGAGAGCUCUGAGGUAACUUCUGGUAUUACCAGAAUCGGGGAUUAUGAGCUUCAUGAUCUUGUAAUGCUGGACAAUAUGAGUUUUGGGGUAAUCAUACGUCUACAAAGUGAAGCUCUCCAGGUUCUUAAGGGAGUCCCAGACAGAGCAGAGGUUGCACUUGUCAGAUUAAGAGACAUUAAAUGUAAGCUUGAGAGGAAAACUUAUGCCCAAGAUCUGUCCAAGAACACAAUAUCAGUGAAAGAUGUCGUUAGGAUUCUUGAAGGUCCAUGCAAAGGAAAACAAGGUUCUGUUGAACAUAUUUUCAGAGGAGUUCUAUUUAUUUACGAUCGUCAUCACGUUGAGCAUGCGGGUUUCCUUUGUGCUAAAUCCCAGGCUUGCAAGGUGGUUGGUGGAUCACGUGCCAAUAACAAUAGAAAUGCUGAUUCACAGGUUUCAAGUUUUGCACAGCUUAGAACUCCAACUCUUGUUCUUCAAUCUCCAGGGAGAUUGCCUAGAGGCCCUCCAAUGGGCUCUGGAGGAAGGCAUAGAGGUGGUAGGGGACAUGAUUCUUUGGUUGGUAGUACUGUAAAAGUUCGUCAGGGUCCUUUCAAGGGAUAUCGUGGGCGUGUUGUAGAUGUUAAAGGUUUUUCAGUCAGGGUAGAGUUGGAGUCCCAGAUGAAAGUUGUUACAGUUGAUCGCCAUCAUAUUUCUGAUAACAUGACAGUUUCAACUCCAUAUCGUGAAAUACCUCGAUAUGGUUUGGGAAGUCAGACUCCCAUGCAUCCAUCACGAACUCCAUUACAUCCAUAUAUGACUCCUAUGAGAGAUCCCGGAGCAACACCUAUUCAUGAUGGCAUGAGGACACCUAUGCGUGACAAAGCAUGGAAUCCAUAUACACCAAUGAGUCCACCAAGGGAUAAUUGGGAAGAUGCAAACCCUGCUUCCUGGGGGGCAAGUCCGCAGUAUCAGCCUGGAACUCCUCGUUCAAGGAUAUAUGAAGCACCUACUCCUGGUUCUGGUUGGGCUAACACUCCGAGCGAGGCUGGAACACCUAGAGAUAGCAGUCAUUCCUAUGCAAAUGCUCCAAGCCCUUACUUGCCGUCUACUCCUGGUGAACAGCCAAUGACACCAAGUUCAGCUUCAUAUCUUCCGGGCACUCCUGGAGGACAACCAAUGACACCAGGAAGUGGUGGUUUGGAUAUUAUGUCUCCUGUUGUAGGUGGGGACAAUGAAGGUCUUUGGGUACUGCCAGACAUAUUGGUCAAUUUACGCAGGUUUGGGGAAGACAUUGCCACUGGAGUUGUUCGAGAGGUUCUCCCGGAUGGUUCGUGUAGGAUAGCCCUUGGAUCAAGUGGCAAUGGUGAAAUUGUAACCGCCCUGCCUAGCGAAAUUGAUGUAGUGGUACCAAGGAAGUCGGACAAAGUUAAGAUCAUGGGUGGCGCACAGCGAGGGUCUACUGGAAAGCUGAUCGGUGUUGAUGGGAGUGAUGGUAUUGUUAAAGUAGAUGACACUCUUGAUGUUAAGAUAUUAGACAUGAACAUUUUGGCCAAACUGGCGCAGCACAACUAGGUGUACAUAAAAGUUAGGGCACAUAUUUUCAGUUGCAAAUUACAGUUCCUUAGUUUCCUUGAUUACAAGUUUUUGAAUGAUUAUACUC